CCGCGCAGGAAAUCAAACGGUUUUAAACUCGGGAGAAAAAUCAAAAUCGAACAGCUUGAAAAAAAGCCAGGGGGCUUUUCGUUUCCCUCUCGAAAUUGAGGAUUUCUCGAGGUGGAGUUUCCGUUCCCUCUUGGGAAUCGAGAUCGCCGGGCAUUCGCCGAAGCUUCCGAAGCAGGAGCGGAUCGACGGAGGAGGUUCCGAGAUCUCGAGAGCCCGAGAUCGCCGGCGUUCGCUUCGACGGAGGGGGAGCGCGCGAGUUCUUUUGGAAAGUGACGUCGAGUCCGCCGCCGGCGGAGAGGGAGGAGGGAGGAGGAGGAGAGGCGUUUCGGGGCUCCGGGGAUCCUUUCCCUUCCCCGUUCCCACCACCCCGCGCGCCGAAGAUGACGGAGGUGGUGCUGCACAUAUACGACGUGACGAACAGCGGAUCGGAGAAGACGAACAACACGAUCAUGCAGAUCAAUAAGAUCUUCAAGGAUGGCAUGGGGCUUGGCGGCAUCUUUCACAGUGCUGUCCAGGUUUAUGGAGAUGACGAAUGGUCUUUUGGAUUUUGUGAACAAGGAACUGGAGUUUUUAGUUGUCCUUCUGGGAAGAAUCCAAUGUAUACAUAUCGUGAACGUGUUGUUCUUGGAAGCACCAACUUUUCAAUCUUCAAGGUAAACCAGAUUUUGAGAGAACUUAGUAGAGAAUGGCCUGGACAUACAUAUGACUUGUUAUCGAGAAACUGCAACCACUUUUGCGAUGAGUUCUGUGAGAGGCUUGGUGUCCAGAAGCUUCCAGGCUGGGUUAAUCGGUUUGCCAAUGCUGGUGAUACUGCUGUGGAAGUAGCAGGAACUACAGCAAUGCGGUUUAGACAAGCCAAGACAGAGAUUGUCUCCGCUAGCAAAGUGGCAUACCGUUUCCUGUUGAGUGCCGCCUCUAGUCCUCCAGUUGCUCCCGAUACCCCUAGCAAUUCAGGCAGAGGAGCACCUCGAUUUCAGGGCACAUGGUUUAAGAAUCUCGUUACCUCUGGUGCCAAACCAUCUAGUAGUGGCUCAGAUGCAGAUAAACAAGAGGGCGAGGCUGUGUUGAGUACUCAUAGUGAAGAAGAUGCGGACACACCACUCAGGCAAAAUUGUAAGACUGAUAGCUAGACCUCUAGACUUUGCAAGAAUGUUUGGCGUGUGUAUCAGUAAUAGAUGAUAUUGUCGAUUAGCAAUUGACUGACUGGUCAUUCGUUGUGUAUUGAAACGUUUGAUUUCUUUUCAAUUCAAAAAUUGGUUUAAGUUCUGCCCAAUGGUUAAAA